AUCUACUAUCUACCAACCUGUCACACUCACACGCAGCCAACUGAGUUUUGAGUGUGAGCUUGGGAGACUGCUAGUGCAUGCGGAGCUGGUCAAUGGCCGAUCGAGGAAACGAAUUGGCUGGCGUGGGCAUGUAUGUAAAGGGAGCCACAGAAUCCACCGGCCACCGCUCCACCAAAAGUACUACCUAGUGACACACCAGCGCUGGCAUAGCAUCCAUGACGACGGCGCCGACGCUUCUCCGGGCCUCCACGGCGGCCCUCCGGCGUCACGGCCUCCUGCUCGUCCUCUUGCUUCCGCUCAUCGGCUCUUCCGGCGUCGCGGCGCAGGGGGGUGGCGCGGUUCCUCGGCAAAGGCGGCAGGUGGUGGACGUGGGGGUGAUCUUGGACAGCAAGACGUGGGCGGGGAACAUCAGCUUGGCGUGCAUGGAGCAGGCCCUGGAGGACUUCUACGCCGACGCUGGCCGCGCCCGCUACCGCACCAGGCUGAAGCUCCACCUCCGGGACACCGGCCCCAGCGCCGUCGACGCCGCGUCCGCAGGUGUUGAUCUACUGAAAAAUGUCCGAGUGCAAGCGAUUGUUGGACCACAGACGUCAACUCAGGCUAAAUUCCUUGCGGAGCUUGGGAACAAAUCAAGGGUUCCAAUCAUUUCAUUCUCCGCAGAUUGCCCGUCACGAUCCGGACUAACUCCAUACUUCAUCCGGACUGCAUGGAAUGACUCCUCUCAAGCAAAAGCUAUUGCCUCACUUGUUCAGAAUUACAAUUGGAGGGAAGUCGUCUCAGUUUAUGAGGAUGAUGAUACCAAUAUCAAAUUCAUUCCCGACCUUGUUGAUGCCCUCAAACAAGUCGACACUCGUGUUUCAUACAGGUGCAAGAUUCAUCCCACAGCUACAGAGGAAGAUAUGAAGACAGCUAUCUCAAGCUUAAGACAAAAUUGGACAAGUGUAUUUGUUGUGCGUAUGUCGCAUACUUUGGCUCAUAAGUUUUUCCAGCUUGCCAAACAGGAAGGGAUGAUGAGCCAGGGCUUUGUCUGGAUUACUGCGUAUGGCUUAACAGAUAUCUUUGAUGUGGUUGGUUCGCCGGCACUUGAUGUGAUGCAAGGAGUUCUUGGGGUGAAACCUCAUGUUCAAGAUACCGUGGAACUUCAGAACUUUAGACAGAGAUGGCGCAAGAAGUACCGAUUGAAAAAUCCAGGCACCUCAUUAAGUGAGCCCACAGUAUCUGGCCUCUAUGCUUAUGAUACCAUAUGGGCGUUAGCAUUAGCAGCAGAGAAGGCUGGAUAUGUGAAUUCAGGCUUUGGGCUGUCCUUAACAAAGAAUGGUUCCACUGAUUUUGACAGAAUAGAUACUUCAAAAGCUGCUGAAAAACUGCGAGGUGCACUCCUAAAGGUCAAAUUUUUGGGCAUCAGCGGGAAAUUUCACAUUGAAGACAUGCAGUUAGUAUCAUCAAACUACACAAUAAUCAACAUUGUUGGUCAGGAGAGAAGAGAAAUCGGUUUUUGGACUCCAGGGUUUGGCAUCUCUGGUAAUCCAAAAAUGAAGUCUGAUCUUAACACCAUCAUAUGGCCAGGAUGUAAUCACUCCUCUGGAUGUAAUGAAACUUCACCUAGAGGUUGGAUACUUCCAACGAAUAAAACUCUCAUAAUAGGCAUGCCUGUGAAACCUGGGUUUGAAGGAUUUGUAAGAUUUGAAAAUGGUACCGCCACAGGGUUCUGCGUCGAUGUAUUUGAGGCAGUAGUUAAAGAAUUACCCUAUCAUGUACCCCGUGUCUAUGAGCAGUUUGGAGACGGGGAAGGAUCGAGUAACGGAACUUAUGAUGAGCUUGUCUACGAAGUUUAUCUUAAGAGAUAUGAUGCAGUUGUAGGUGAUAUAACAAUCUUGGCCAACCGUUCUUCCUAUGUGGACUUUACUCUUCCCUACACAGAAUCAGGGGUACGCAUGCUGGUUCCAGUUCAGGACCGGAGACAGAAGACUGCAUGGACAUUCCUAAGGCCUUUCACAGCUGACCUAUGGUUAGGAACUGGGGCCUUCUUUGUCUUCACAGGUUUUGUAGUCUGGAGUAUUGAGCAUAGAAUAAAUCAAGACUUCCGAGGUUCCCCAGCCAGUCAAAUUGGAUCAGUCUUCUACUUCUCCUUCUCAACACUAGUAUUUGCUCACAGGGAGCAGAUCCUGCACAACUUAUCAAGAAUUGCAAUAGUUGUUUGGCUUUUUGUCGCGCUAAUAGUGCAGCAGAGCUAUACUGCAAGCUUAAGCUCGAUCCUUACAGUGGAGCAACUUCAGCCAACAGUCACAAAUUUAGAAGAAGUUAUCAGAAAUGGGGGCAAUGUUGGCUACCUCAAUGAUUCUUUCUUGCCUGGGCUUUUGAAAAGGUUGAAAAUUGAUGAAUCAAAGAUGAUUGCCUUUGACUCCCCAGUGGAAUACAAUGAAGCGUUAUCAACUGGAAAAGUUGCCGUCAUUGUUGAUGAGAUACCAUACCUUAAGGUGUUCCUUUCAAAGUAUUGCCAGAACUACACUAUGGUUGGACCAACCUACAAGUUUGAUGGAUUUGGUUAUGCAUUCCCUCGAGGCUCUCCACUCACACCUGAUAUUUCUAGGGGAAUACUGAAAUUCGCAUCGGAUGACAGAAUGGUUAAGAUGCAGAAUGAAUUGUAUGGCUAUACUUCAUGCCCCGACAAAGAUGACUCCCAAACUUCAAGCAGCCUUACAUUGCACAGCUUUCAGGGGCUGUUCAUCAUCAGCGGAGUAUCUUCAGUGCUGGCAUUAGUCCUGCACGCUGUCAUAACCAUUUAUAACAACCGACAUGAAUUCAGCAGUGACAGCAGUCAGAGUUCAUGGCGCAGAUGGCCUGUCGUUCUCUCCAAGCUCUUCCACGGGGACGAUAGUCCUUCCAACACUCCAGUUGAAGAUGAAGCCGCAACGGAAAAUGUUGGUAGUGCAGUUGAGACCCCACUGAGCAUACGCAUACCUGGUCACAUUGUCGAGCACCUGUCAAACACGGAGACAGGAAGCCCACAGGAAGGAGAAGGAACACCAGGCAGGGAGAUCUCGGUUCAGGACACGGAACCGCUGUCGUUUGCUUACAUGCAUUCUGAGAGGGGGCAAAACAGAGUAGCUUCCUUGUCUCGCAGUGGGAGCUCAAUCCGCAGGAGACAGAUAAGCAUGGAAUGAACUACUGCUUGAUGAGCGCGUAAAUUACUGAUCGCUGUAAGCCUGUAAUUUAGUACUAGUAGUUCAUUUAGCUGUCUGUAUGUACAUGUUUAGAGUUUAUCUCUUGUGGAACGCAAUGCUUGAUGUGCAUUGCCACAUUGGCGGUUGGUGAUAGAUGUGAGGAGCAAGCGAUUCUGAUGUUUUUUUUUUUUUGCCAUGGAUGCUUGUGGUUCAUGAAAAACCUGUAAAUUGCUAGCCUGUAUGCUGAUUUCCUCACCCCCUCAAAAUUCGAAGCAAUUACCAAAUGACGCCGUCUUUUAAGGUGCCA